AUGUCAUAUCAUACAUGCGAUGACGAUGACACGAAUUAUAAAAGUCCUUUUUCAGUUUUGCAAGCCGUAGUCAUCCGACAGCGCAAGCAGUUCAGACGAAAGGACGGUACCUUCAUCUAUUUCGAGGAUAACGCAGGUGUCAUCGUCAAUAACAAAGGUGAAAUGAAAGGAUCUGCUAUCACUGGACCCGUCGCCAAGGAAUGCGCAGAUUUGUGGCCUAGGAUUGCUGCUAAUGCCGGUUCUAUUGCUUAA